ACAAUUAUCAUCACUCACGUAAGACAACACCCUCUUGUCCAAAGAAACACAUAAUUUUCUUACAGAACGAGUCUCUGUCUUUUGCAAACCUUUUUGACGAAAAACAAAAGAAAAAAUGGAAGGGAGUAGAAGAACAGAACAAGUUGUGUUAUUGCAUAGCUUGAAAAGAUUGAUCAUCUCUUUUGUUUGUUGUCUUCCAGUGUCUCUUUUCGGUCUUCUUAUGGUGCUUCUCUUAAUCUACAACAGUUUUUCUGUCUUCUCUCUUCAUCUUGACCCAAUCCCACCUAUUAAACCCACUCCUUCACUUAAUCAACCCCAAGUUCUUCAACAUCAUACAUCAUCAGCAGCACCACUAGCAUCAUCAUCUAAGCCUGAUUCUUCGUUGUUGCUUGCGGUAAAAGAAACCACUUUAGGGUUCGCACAGAAGCAGAAAGUUUCCUCUAUCAAGACAGAGAAAAGAGACGAGUUAACCCCCGCGACGAGACAGAAGCCACAAGGAAAAACAAGACAGAGAUUCAAGACGAGGAUCAACUCAUUCUUGUCCAAAUCCUCAUGCGAGUCUCUGUUCUUCAUGACUUGGAUCUCAAGCCUCGAAUCUUUUGGUGUUAGAGAACGGUUCACCGUAGAGAGUCUCUUCAAAUCUCACCCAAACAGCUGCUUGAUCUUGGUAUCAAACUCACUUGACUGUGAGAGAGGAACACUAAUCUUGAAACCCUUUACGGACAAAGGGCUUAAGGUGCUUGCCAUUAAACCAGACUUCGCUUACAUCUUCAAAGACACAUCAGCAGAGAAAUGGUUUGAAAGAUUAAAGAAAGGAAUGUUCAGUCCAGGAGUGAUUCCAAUAGAGCAGAACCUCUCUAACCUUCUAAGAUUAGUCUUGCUCUACAAAUACGGAGGAAUCUACUUAGACACCGACUUCAUAGUCCUCAAAUCUCUCACCAAUCUCCACAACGUAAUCGGAGCACAAGCAGUUGAUCCCGUUACUAAACAAUGGAGCAGGCUUAACAACGCGGUGCUCAUCUUUGACAAGAACCAUCCUCUUCUUGAAAGGUUUAUCAACGAGUUCUCAGUAGCCUUCAACGGUAACAAAUGGGGUCACAACGGUCCAUACUUAGUAUCAAGAGUCGUUGCAAGAAUCAAUACUUCUUCAUCAUCAUCGGAGGAUUUGGGAUUCUCUGUUCUUCCACCAUCUGCGUUUUAUCCUGCGGAUUGGACUAGAAUCAGGAGAUUUUACAGAGCGUCUGGGAAUGAGAGCGAGGUGAAUUGUUCAAGGAAGAGGCUUACGCAAUUGCGUAAACAUAGCUUUGCUGUUCAUCUUUGGAACAGAGAGAGUAAGAAGCUUAGGAUUGAAGAAGGAAGCAUCAUUCACCAACUCAUCUCUGUUUCUUGCAUCUUUUGUAACUCUUCUUCUUUCACGUUUUAG